AUGGAGCACGAGUCACAGUGCAAAACAACAACACCUGCAUGUAAAUGUUGCCAGAGGCCUCCUGUCAUGGCGAGGGAAGACAUCGGCAUUCUCUUCCGUAGCACAAUUACACCACUUCCCCACUCAUCUUCAUUAAGACCACUUACAGUCUCUGUUAGUCAUCUUGCCCUCCCGUCAUCUCUGCAUGUGGCGCGGCUGUUAGCGCGGCAGCGGAUCGGUGUGAGCUGGCCAGCGGCGGUGUAUGGCGCGAUGGAUGACCGACGUUCAUCUGCAACAAAUGUCAGUGGCGACAUUUCAUCUGCGGUGCAUGCCCUGGUCAGUGUGCUACAGCAGAAUUUGCAAGAGGUUCAGGGCCAGACGCCUACUCGUGUACCUAACCAGCAGGGUGAGACGCCCCAAACGCUUCAGCCCCCGAUCCAGACACAGUCCCAUCAGGGACGGAAUCUGACCCCCACCAAUGUACACCAAGACAUGACCAGAUCUUUUCCUGCUCUUUUUCAAAGGCACAAAUUAUUGGGGAAAAGACGAUUCCUCGGUGGCAGUAACACAGUCAAAGCUACUAAAGCACCAAAAUCUUUUCGUUGUAACUGUUACCUGCUACACAGUAAUGCAGAAACUACUCCACAGCCUUCAGAAGAACUUGAGCAUGUUCUGGCAGGACUGGACAAACGAAGUCUCACAAUUUCAGAGGACAUGGACCAUGUUCAGGUGUCCACUCAGCUGACAGAAGCAUAUCCUAAAAUGAAGGUCUUAACUGGAGGAUGGUUGCUUAAAAAAGCAUCAGAUCCUGAGGGCUACACUGGAGCCCAAUUAAAGACAGCAACAGGAGCUGGUAAAACAGUCAUUUACAUUGUUCCACUGCAAGAGGAACUAGAUCUGAGUCCACUCCCAGAUGAUGCUAAGGAAUAUGAAAAGAUGCCAAAGGCAACAUGCAAGUCAUGUAGUCCUGAAAUGCCUCUGCAAGUGUUAGCUCUUCAUGUCCAAGAAUGUAUUACAAAUAUCACUUCAUCGGAAGAUGAGCAGCAACGUGAAGUUGAUGGCCCCCUGGACGUUGAAACUAACAUUGAGAAAUUAUCUUCAUCUGAAGAUGAAAUGAUUGCUGAAAAAGAAUGUCCACUAUGUGGAAAAAUGCUCCCAGAAGCUGACUUACCCAUGCACGCCAGUUUUUGUGGAGAUAUCGGCUAUGAAAGCCACAUGAUGACAAACACAGUGCCCCAGGACACAGCGAACGACACCACAGAGAUGCACAAAAUAUUGUGUGAAGAAGAUGUCCUGCGCUGGCUGGCUACACAAAUUGACAGGAGUAAAGAGUUUCAUCUCUGUGUGACAAGAGAUGAGCUUGUAGAGCGAGGCAUGAAGUUGUGGCAACGUCAGAAAAACGCCUCCCCACUAAACCCACUGAAAGUCACCUUCAUUGGAGAGGCAGGAGUAGACACAGGAGCCUUAAGGCUGGAGUUCCUGACAGAAAUGGUUGCUGGCUUGGAGGAGAGACUGUUUGAAGGGGAAGAAGGCAAAGGAAAAAUGCCAAAAUAUUCUAUCAGUGACUUAGAGAAGGGACUGUUCAGAGUUGCAGGGGAAAUCUUUGCAGCCAGUCUGGCCCAGGGUGGACCUGCCCCCAAUUUCCUGCAGGAAUGGUGUUUCAGUUUCCUUGCAACAGACCGGCUGACAACUGUCACCAAAAAUGACAUAUAUGAGCCGCAACUGAGAAGUUUGAUCAUGAAGCUUGAGGAGUCUGAGGAUCUAUUGGCGUAUACAGAGGAAAUCCUAAACUGUGGUUACACAGGGCAAAUCAACAUGGAGAAAAAAGGGGAGAUGAUCAGGGCCAUUGUUUUGCAUGCAACAAUGCAACGCACACCAAUGCUGAAGGAACUACGAGAUGGCCUGGAUUUGUACAAAUUUGCCACGGUCCUGAAGGAGAAACCAGAACACUGUCGAGGUCUUUUUGUCACAGACAAUAAUGACAAGGUUGACUCCCACUACAUUGUUUCUCACCUUGACCCGCAGAUGAGUGACAAGGGCAGCAUCAAGCACAUCAAAGAAGUUAAAAUCUUGAAUUACUUUCAGGAUUUUCUGAUUGAACUUGAGGACAAGUUGGUUCCCAAAGUCAGACUUUCUUGUCCUGUUCCCGAGGUGGUCUGUCUGGAGAGGAAAUGGUCCAAUACCCACAGCUCAUUUCUCCCUCUGAUAACCAAGAAGAUGGAGGAAAAGAUCAACUGA